AUGGAUGCUUUUGAGGGGAUCCAUAGCGUCCAGAUUUCCUCUUCUCCUCUGUCUUCGACAAAGGCAAAUCCAGGAUAUGAAGUCCUUAGAACUGGGAGAUCUGGAAUAGCGGUUUAUUCCUCAGCAGUAUUUUAUGGUACACCUGAGGACAAGGGGCGGCCUGCUUCAAGACAAAAGUCCAGCAGGGACGUAGAGACAGAAGGCUGUGUAGUUGGACGGUAAGAAUCAGAACCUAAUGGUUCACAUGACCACAACAGAUUUGUUUGAUCUCACCCAUGUGGUGUAUACGUAAGGGAUUUGAUCAUUAAAAAGAGUUAUCCUGUUGCUUUUGCCACUAGAUGGAGAGGUAUUAGUUUAUAAUGUACAAGUAUCAAUGAAAUUCUUAAUAGAUGGGGUACAAUGUAUCUCCUGUUUUAAGUCAACAAUGAGAUUGUAAAAAAGGCAUUAUAGUUUUGGUACUACAGUAUGGUUGCUGUCUUAUCUGUGGUCAUCACGUUCAUAAAAUAGACUAAAAUUCACAUUGAUGGCUAUUGGUGAUAUUCAAAAGCAAGUAAGACCACCAGGGACAAGAUUGACACUUUGUAUGCCUUUGACUGUCAAAGAUCAAAAGGGUGAGAUUUUUUUGGGCAAAAGACACUACUCAAGCAGGUAGAUGACAAAAUAAGCAGAGACUGAGACAAACCAAAAGUUACUCCCAGAAGCUUUAAGGUAACAGCCUAUUGCCCAUAUUCACAAGGGGAUUUUCCAUAGAUGGCACACUCAGAAUAGACAACACAGAUGGGUCAUGAAGUCAGUGAAAUUGUAAAAGCCUAGAGGUACAAGGCUAUAUAAGUUGAAACAACAUAAUCUCACUCAUUAGACAACAACUGAUUGCACCUAUUCAAGAGCCAUUAUUAGCUGUGGUCUGACAGCAACCAACAGGUAAUUAGAGACAUUUUAUGAGCUUGUAUUUUUAGGAAUUGAUUAUGGGAAGCUGUAAAAUGAUAACUGUAAGAAACCUAAACCAACAAGCAUCCAUAAACACAGUUGUACAACAUUCAACCAGCCUGUCAUCUUGUCACACUUAAUGUGCAGUCAGUGGAAUAUGUCUGUCGAAUGAAUGUUGCGAAUACAGGCUACUGCUGUUUACCUUGUGACUGCAUUAGGUGAACUCCAGCAAGGCAUGGUAUUAUCUCAGUCAUGCUUUACAUAUAGAGUACAGCUAUCACAUGAAUGUAGCGAAGAGCUGCCAAAGCACGUACAUAACACACAUUCAGAUUUGUUUUCAGUCUGUGGGCCAACUGCAAACUGAUAUCAGGACUUGUUGCGUUGUAAUUUUGGCCUUAUUUACAAAACAGCCACCAAACAUCUUUUGAACUUUACAUAAUUUCAUCAGAAAAGAGACUAAACACGACUCACCUACUCUCCUCCGGUAGCCGCUCUUUUGUAGUGAGACCUCGGGCCAGACCAUUAUGGACUACAGCGGGGUGACGUAGCUCAAGGAAGAACAAUAUUACUUCAAGGAAAUGAUGAAGAAAUGACCAUAAAUGUUCUUUCUUGAGCUGUGUCACCCCGCAGCAGUCAGUAAUGGAGUAGUGGCUGCUGAAAGAGAGUGGGUGAGCUCAAUUUAGUCUCUUCGCUAAAGAAAUUAGGCAAAGUUAAAAAGAAGUUUGGUGGCUAGGACCCUAUAUGUACCGUUGAUGAAGUUAGGUGCUGUUCUGAGCAUUGUUUGUGGCUAUAGAGUGGCUUUUUGUUUGAGGUUUGUUUAUGGCUCCUCAGACCGCUGUGUAUUGCUAUUGUACGGUCGUUACUGAAGUUGGUAUAACUAGAGAAGCAAGCAGUCCGCAACAUUCAUCUCUCGAGGGGGUGUCUUAACUCGAUGUUACAGUGUGUUUGACACUAAAUUAAUUUUACGCCGGAAUAUCCCUUUAAGUUUGAAAACGAUGUAAAGACAAACCUGAGUUUCAUUUAGCUGUAGGCUAACACUAGCUGUAGUUAUCAGCUAAGGAUGUGAGAUUAAAACCUGCUAUAGCAUUCUGAACAACUGCACAAUCUCAUGCACUCCAACAGCUCUACAGUAAGUUUUAUCUUCAGAAAGCCUCUUAACUUUUCCUUUUUGGUGAUAUGGUUGACAGGUGAUAAUUGUCCUUUCUGUUUAUCAUUGAAGACAUAGUAGGAUACCACCUGCCCGUGUCAACAAAAAUAAACAUAGUAGAAUUUAUUGCAUUUCAAAAGUUCAUAAUGUAUAUUAUAUGACCUUUGCAACGUCGUUGAGGUGAGGUAGCCUAUUUACUGCCUGAGUGUGUUGGCUCCAGAGCGUGUCCCGGUCAGGGCGUUGGGUGGGAGUGGAUGCGCUGUCAUGUGACCGGUGAGAAAGAGGCAGAACUAGAGCAGACGCACUCGUUUCCCGGACUGGAGUUAAAAAAAAUGGGUAAACAAGAAAAUUAGUGACGGGCAUUGCGUGAAAAAAGUGUCAGAAAGGUCGUCGUUUCUGUCGAACUUCGACGUGUUUUGAGCCCGUGGGACAGCCGUUGGAGCCGCCGCCGCUGUUUUUGUCGGUUGUCUACGUCAGCGUCCGCAUUCCUCUGCCGUGAUUUCAAACGGCUGCUGUGAUUAGUUUAAAGAGAAACGAGUUAGCUCAAUUAUUGCAACAGCUAUCAUCUGAAAACAGAAACUGGAGGAGACUGGAGGGGGGAAGCUGACAGAUACCAACAGAGAGAGGUUUAUCUGCUGUCCUGGACGCUGACAGACAGGGUAAGGGCGGGUACAGCGGGGGAGAAACCCACUCUAUUAAAAAGUUAUGUUACUGUGAGCUGGCAGAAACUAGCUGACAGGAGGAGAUGUAAGUGCUCAUUGUUGAUUGUUGUCAGUUUGUCAAUAUUAGGGUGAACUUUUAUUGGCUUUGGGAAAAUGACACAGCAUUGAAUUCUCAUCUAAUGCUCCUUAUAGUGGAAAAGAGGGACUUACUAUUUCAUUACUACUUUCUACUUUAUUUCACGGGAUGACAAAAAGGACCUCUUACAGUUUUGGUGGUCUAAAAUGAAAAGGGAGUAUAGUGUGAAUUGUUUUUGCCUCCUAAUUUUUGUUAUUGCUUUAUUUUAUUUAUCAUUGCAUUUUCAAGAUAAUAAAUAGUUGAAUUCUUUAUUAUUGGAGUAUCUUGUUUGUUUAGUGACUCUUUUACUCAAAUCGCAUAUCAAUGAUUUAGUGGUUUUAUGCACCCAAUGAAGAAAGUCACUUCCUCAUUUCUGGACAUGCAAGUAUGAUAAAACUAAAAGGGAUUUAACUGUAAGGGGCGAUGUGUAACAUUAAACAUACUCAUAUCUAAGAUUUGCUCUUGAAUUGCAUCUGCAGAUGAAAACAACAACAUUCAGUGAAUGUUAAAUGUUACUUUCCAAACCUUGAACACACCUCUUUCUUCUGCAAAUACCCAAUUUAAUGCUUUUCUGUAUUAUCAUGUUAGUGGAUUUGUUACAUGUAAAUGUCAGUCAAAAACUCUAAACAUCUUUGCUGAAUAAUUGAUAAAUCUGUCAUUCGCUUACAAGCUAAACUGCCAAUGAUAGAAAAGUCUGUAAGUCUUCAAACACUCUACGACUGAAUUUGAUUACUGUCUGUUUUUAAUGUCUACAUUAAAAGUUCUGAUUAAGAGAUAGUAACAACAAUUUUAGUCACAUAAUCGCUUCACUUUAGGUUAAAAAAAAAGUCAAACUAAAAAAGUAAAACAAGACAGAUCAGACAGAUUGUGAGGUCUGUCAUUAUCAUUUCAUCCCAGUAUCCAAACCUGUCCUCACAGGAGUCUAGAGGAAUGAUUGGGUGUGAAAACUCUGUGUCUCACUAACAACACUGAUACGUUUCUGCUUGUGUGCAGGUUGGUAGAUCUGGAUCCAGAGCCAGACACCAGAAUGGAGGGAGGAGGCCAGGUCAGGCCAACUUCAGGCAGAGAUCAUGGCACCCUCUCCCGGCUUCGUAGCUCCUCGCUGGAGAUCAGAGAGAAAGAAAUCAGAGAAAAGGGUUCAGAGAUCCUCAAAGAGCAGCUGGACGCUGCAAAGAAGGUGUUGUAAUCUUCAUGCUGACAUAGGAUUUUCUGGCCUCAAAAAAAGAAGAGUUGUCAAAGCAAAUACUGGGCCUUUUCAGAUAUGAUUGUGACACUGUCUGCCACACAUUUCAGGAACUGAAACUGAAGGACAGAGAGUGUGAGCGUCUGUCUCAGGUCAGGAAUCAGCUAGAGCAGGAGCUAGAGGAGCUGACAGCAAGUCUGUUUGAGGUAAGCAGGAAUCACUGCUCUCUCAUGAGUGUGCUGUCAUACUGGCACAGACCUGAAAACCUGAUUAUGAGGAAAGGGGCUUGAUGCUUCAUAUGCUUGUCUUCUUAAUUCAGUGUUCGCACUGAAGAGCAAUUAUAACUUCAUGUCAAACUGCAACAUUUCCAGUUAUUUAGAACAAAGAAUCAAAAGAUGAUUUUAGAAAAGAGCCAUGAGGCAAGGUCAGCAACACUGAUAAAAAUCUAUACAUUUGUGAUGUAUUUAAUUACCAGGAAAUCAAAGAUAAAGGGUGAUGAAGUUUUAACUAUCAAUGAUAUUUCUUCAACCUAGAAAGACUCAAUCCGGCAUAUUUAUUUUGAUGCUUUUGCUGAUAGGUUGAUCAAUGUGCAUUGUCAUAAUCAAAUAAAUAAAAAAAGUAAAUGUAGACUCUCAUUAAAAUGACAACAGCAUACAUCUUCAAUGAGAAGAUCAAGAGUAUAAUUGAACAUUUGACAUUUUUAUGACUGACAAUUUUAUAUCUUAGAAAUAAUGAAACGACAUGCUCAUAUAAAUUCAUACUAACUGUGAGCUACAUAUACUUUGAUUAAUCCAAUUAAUUAUGUAUACAUUCAUUCACAACUAUUAUCAUUUUUAUCAUUCUCCAUAACAACUUAAUAAAGUUAUAUUGUUGAUGUAGUUUUCUCUGCUUUUUGUGCUGAUCCAAGUCUUCAGAAUUUAGAAAUGUACCAUUCAGCCUUGGUGAAUGAUCAAAAACAGCUGCUGAUCGCUUCACUUUUUUGGAUAAGAAAUAUCUCAACCUCAAUGUUUUGAUAUUCACCACAUCAGGAAGCGCACAAGAUGGUGAACGAAGCCAACGUCAAACAAGCAACAGCAGAGAAGCAGUUAAAGGAGGCUCAGGGAAAGGUGUGUGUGGAGUUUUUUUCUUUUCAUUUAUUUUGGGACAAAUAUCAACAGCUAGACUUUGUUUCAUUAUUUUUCUGCAUUUUCUGAGUGUCUUUUUGUUUCUCUGUCAGAUCGAUGUCCUACAAGCAGAGGUGACGGCACUCAAAACUCUGGUGUUGACAUCAACACCGUCUUCACCGAACCGCCAGCUGCAUCCUCAGCUGCAGUCUCCAGGAACCAGAGGAGCCCACAAACACGCAGGAGGUCAUGUCCGUAACAAGAGCGCGAGCAGCACCUUUCCAUCUUCACCUGGAAAACCAGAACCUUCUUCAACCAAAGAGGACAGAGAGGUAACAUCAUUAAUAUUUGUACAUGCACCGCCCUGCUCCUCAGGUAUUGAGUGUCAGACUCUUUGCAUUCGUGCAUUUCCUGUUUUUCUGCUCUUCAACCCUGUUGUCCAUUUUCCUUUUCUUUCCUCACAGUACUAACUCCUCCCUGAGUUUUUCCUCCUCUCUGUCUCUGGUCUCUUUCUUUUCCUCUCUUAGCCUGCUAUGCCUGCUCUCCUCUCUCUGAUUCUAUGCCUUGUUCCUGGCCAAUCAGUCAGUGUGAACUUUGACCCUUAUCGGCAGCAGGGAGAGGGACUAGUUACUGACAGCAGACAGGUAACCAGGAUCAACAUGCAUUUCAGAUUAAGCUGUUGGCAAAUUUAAUUGUUUUUCAUUGUUGUGAGUUGUUUUUUAAAGGGUAUGUAAAUGUUAACACUAAAGAUGAUCAGGCAGUUUAAUAUACCAGGGUGUUUUUUUGUUUACAGAUGGACUCUAUUCUGUACGCAGAGUUUUUAUUGUGGAAGGAAAAGCCAAGUCUAGACCGCUCCUCUGCCUUCCUGAGUCGCAUCUACAGAGAAGACAUCAGCCCCUGCCUCUCCUUCACCAGAUCUGAGGUCAGAAUCUCAUUGAACCUGUGUGUCAUGUGUUUGUAUUUCACAGUAUGAAGUUGUGUUGACUCGACGGAUUUGUGUUACUCACAGCUGUCGCAGCUGGUGCAAAGCGCAGUGGAAAACAACUCUCUGACUAUCGAGCCAGUGGCAAUGUCAGCCUUACCGAUGGUUAAAGCUUCAGCUGUAGAGUGUGGAGGCCCAAAGUGAGUCAGCAGAUCCACAUGAAUGUCUGUCACCUAGCUCUUCCCCCACUAUUUCACCGCUAAACUCUUGUUUUUUUUUUGUUUUCUGCCUUGAUUAUGGUAAUAGCUAAGGUUUCCACUGUCUUACCACGAAUCUGUGAGGGGUUUGAUCAGCGGGCACAUUUCUCUUCACUGUCUGAUUUCUAAAUAUUUUUCUUCCAGUGGCUUUAGAGCAGCAAUAGAGACGUAAGUCCUUUCAGGAACCAAUCACUGUUGUUCUUUUUCACUAACAUAAAAAAAAAAAAACUAUUGCAUGAAAUGAAGUCUUUCCGUCUAAAUAUGUGUUCACUUCAAUCUGGUGAUCCAAACAGGCACUUGCAUGCGUCUGAGUGUAUUUUGAUAAAAUCCUGAAAAUCUUCCUCUUCCGGUGACUAACUUUUCCUCAUGGUCCACUAGCCUUGUAUGUGUUUUCAUUUGAGUCAAAGACAAGAAACAGUGAUUUCAUUGAUAAUACCUGAUUCUGACUGGGAUAACACAAUGACAAUCUUCUCUCUCUGUAGAAAAUGCGCUUUGAGUGGCAUGUCGCGCCUCUGCCGACAUCGCAUCAAACUUGGAGACAAAGAGAGCUACUAUUAUAUUUCUCCUUCCAGUCGAGCACGGGUAAUUUUCAUCCUUGGUGUAUCUCUGUAAGCUUCACAAGAACCACUUCAGUUUCUUCUUGCAACCCUGUCUCUCUCUUUCUUCCAUCUAGAUCACGGCUGUUUGCAAUUUCUUUACUUAUAUCCGCUACAUCCAGCAGGGCCUGGUGAGACAUGACGGUGAGUUAACGCUCACAAAUUUGACACAUCAUUUCAUUGUUUAACUGUGAAUCUGUUUUGCAAAGAAGAGCUCCGUUUCAGACACUGACAUGUUAUAUCUGUUGUUGUUCUUGUGCAGCGGAGCAGAUGUUCUGGGAGGUGAUGCGUCUGCGCAGAGAGAUGACUGUGGCAAAGCUAGGUUUCUACCCCACAGACCAGGGCUAG